UAUGUAUUCACUUUAGCAGUGUGAUCUUGCAUACUGUCUCAUAAUCUUUUACUGUACUGUAAUAUGUAUACUACAUCUACACUGAACUACACAAUUUUGCCUGACACUGUUCUUCAGAGAGUUUUAUGAAUGGAUGCAGAGGAGAUCCAGCAUGAGUUCAUUUAUGUAGAUGAGGCUGGGUUCAACCUGACGAGAACACGAAGGAGGGGAAGAAACAUCAUUGGCCACAGGGCUAUAGUCAAUGUCCCAGGGCAACGUGGGGGUAAUAUAACACUCUGUGCAGCCAUUACACAGAAUGGGGUCCUCCACCGCCAUGCCCAUAUGGGCCCUUACAACACAGCACUCAUACUUACAUUCUUGGACCAAUUGCACAACAUAACAGCAGCAAAUCAAAUCGAUCAUAUGCAAUACAUUGUUGUCUGGGACAAUGUGUCUUUCCACCGCUCUGCUCUGGUUCAGAACUGGUUUCAGCAACAUCCACAUUUCACCGUCCUAUAUCUUCCACCAUACUCUCCAUUCCUCAACCCUAUAGAAGAGUUUUUCUCGGCAUGGCGGUGGAAGGUAUAUGAUCUCCGUCUCCAGGCUGAGGUACCCCUCAUCCACGCCAUGGAGGAGGCCUGUGACCAGAUGGAGGUAGCAGCAAUGCAAGGAUGGAUUCGUCAUUCAAGACGUUUCUUUCCAAGGUGUCUUGCUAAUGACAACAUUGCCUGCGAUGUUGAUGAAAUUCUCUGGCCAGAUCCAGCUAGGCGAAGAGACAAUGUCUAGUUCUUUUACAGUAAACUUACAGUACAAUACGUAAAGUGACAUUUUGUUACAGUAUUAUGAAUCUCCAUGUCAACAUUUUGGGCGUGUUGAGAAAUAAAUGAGUUUCUUCAGUCUGCAA